GGCCGCCGGUGUCGCUCCUUCCCGAGCCCCGGCCGUCCCCCUCCCGGCCCCUCCGUGCUUCUCGUCAUGGCGGCCCUCAGCAAGUCCAUCCCUCAUAGCUGCUACGAGAUCGGCCACACUUGGAACCCUUCCUGCCUGGUCUCCUUCCUGCAGAUCACUUGGGACGCCCUGGAGGAGUCCCUGAAGAUCUAUGCCCCACUGUACUUGAUUGCAGCAAUUCUCCGGAAACGAAAAAUUGACUAUUAUUUAUACAAACUGCUUCCUGAGAUCCUACAAUCUGCUUCAUUUUUGACUGCUAAUGGAGCCUUCUAUAUUGCUUUCUUUUGCCUUCUCAGGAAGAUACUUGGAAGAUUCUACUCAUGGACUCCUGGCUUUGGUGCCGCUUUACCAGCAUCUUACAUAGCCAUUCUAAUUGAAAGGAAAAGCAGGAGAGGGCUGCUCACAAUUUAUAUGGCCAACUUGGCCACAGAGACACUAUUUAGAAUGGGGGUGGCAAGAGGAACCAUUACAACAUUAAGAAAUGGAGAGGUCCUUUUGUUCUGCAUCACAGCGGCCAUGUAUAUGUUCUUUUUCAGGUGCAAAGAUGGUUUGAAAGGAUUUACAUUUUUGGCACUUAGGUUCAUUGUAGGGAAGGAAGAAAUUCCCACACAUUCUUACUCACCAGAGGCAGCAUAUGCAAAAGUGGAACAAAAAAGAGAGGAACAUAAGGAAAAACCAAGAAGAAUGAAUAUAAUCACUCUAGUUAAGAAAUUUGUGGAUUCAAUAUGUAAGCAUGGACCAAGGCAUAGGUGUUGCAAACACUAUGAAGAUAAUUGCAUCUCUUAUUGCAUUAAAGGCUUUAUCAGAAUGUUUAGUGUGGGAUACUUGAUCCAGUGCUGCCUCAGAAUCCCCUCUGCAUUUAGGCAUCUGUUUACACAGCCAUCCCGGCUACUUUCCCUAUUCUACAAUAAAGAAAACUUCCAGCUCGGGGCUUUUCUUGGCUCUUUUGUUAGUAUAUACAAGGGUACUAGUUGCUUCUUGCGCUGGAUCAGAAAUCUGGAUGAUGAACUUCAUGCUAUUAUAGCUGGAUUUUUGGCAGGUAUAUCAAUGAUGUUUUACAAAAGUACAACAAUUUCCAUGUAUUUAGCUUCCAAAUUGGUGGAGACAAUAUAUUUCAAAGGCAUCCAAGCAGGGAAGGUUCCCUAUUUUCCUCAUGCAGAUACUAUCAUUUACUCCAUCUCUACAGCAAUUUGUUUCCAAGCAGCUGUAAUGGAAGUUCAGAACUUGCGACCGUCUUACUGGAAAUUCCUUUUAAGGCUCACCAAGGGAAGAUUUGCUAUAAUGAAUCGAAAAGUCCUUGAUGUUUUUGGUACUGGUGCAUCUAAACAUUUUCAAGAUUUCAUCCCCAGAUUGGAUCCAAGAUACACAGUUGUAGCACCAGAGUUACCCAUAGAGUUUUCUUGAAGAUGACUAUAAUUUAUUGAUGUGGAUAUAUGUCUCAUCAUUUUAUGCUGAAGAGUUAAUUAUGUUUAACACAGAGAAGGGGGCCCAAGCUCAAACUUCAGUGUUAUUUCAUUGAGAGAUUUUUUGUUUUGUUUUGUUUUCUUACCAAUCAGAAAUACAGAAGCUUUUUAGGAAGGUGUUGCUUAAUAAUUAAGCUUCCUCUAUAGCCAGAAUCUAAUUCUGAAAUCACAAUAGUGGUUGACAUUAUGAUGUAUUAUUGAUUAAGUUAUUUCCAUAAACAA